AUGACAGCAUACUACCUCCCCCCAUCCUCCAUCUCCCCCUCAUUCGCCCUCGCCAAGAUCCCGGGCCGCACCUCUCUCUGCGAGUGGAAAGGUCGAGCGACGUACUGGACCAUCACUGCUGCCACCGACAAGUCAAAGUCCGUGAGCGGCAAGAUCUGGAGCUACGACUCUCCGACUCCAUCAUUCAAGGAAAUCAAAGGGUAUCUGAGCUUUUAUGCGAGUGGCGUGCCGUGGGAGUGCUUUGUGGACGGGGAGAAGGUUGCGCCGCAGGAGGGGGACUUCUAUGGCGGGUGGGUGACGUCGGAGCUGGAGGGGAGGAUGAAGGGUGGGCCUGGGACUUGGGGGUGGUGA